AUGGCCGGUCCCAGCAAGUCUUUGAUCCUUGACCCGGCUCUUCAGAAAUACUACGAGCUCAACGCCAACCGGUACAAGUACUUCCGGUGGACCCCGCGCCAUGCCUGGCUCUCGUUCAUCUACAUGGCCGUGAUCCCUGGCACAUUGGGCUACAUCGCAUACAAGACCGACGGCAAGUACGAGUUCCGCGGAAAGAGGAGGGAGGAUUCCAUUCUUGAAUACUAA